GAAGGAGGGAAAGAAGGAGGGAAGCUAAGACAAGAAGAGGGAGAAAGAGUAAUAACUGAAAGGAAGGAGACACGAAAGCAAGAAUAAUGGAUGAGAACAAAGGGAAAAAUAGGUAGAUAUACAACAAAUACUAUAUAUAAAGGCAAUGGAGUGACAUGACAUCAUCUUGCGUUUUCUGUUACCACGGCAAGUCAGUAAAGUAUGGUAUUAGUAGCUAGAUUCAGAAUAAGAUUUGUACCUUUGCUAUCCAGGUACUAUUCAAUCACUAAACUUACCUGGUACUUUUUCCGGUAUCUGGUAAUUCACAUUCCUAAGAACUAGUACCUUGCAAUACCCGUACAAGUAUCCUAUCCAUUGAAAUCAUGAUCUGAUUUAAUUUCUUCAAUUCUUAUUAUAUAUAUUUUUUACGAUGAUGGAAGUAUGACGUUCAUUCUGCAGUUUUUUUCAGAAUUCCAUUGUGUAAUUAUAGCAUGUGUAUAGUUGGGAUAUAUUUUUUUUCUUCAUAAACUGUUAAAUGUCACAUUGCUGUACAAAAUUAUUUUUCAUUUUAUUCUGAAAUUCAGAAGCUCAAUUUUGUGAGCGAUGUAUUAUUAUUUUUUUUAUCUUCCUCUUUUCUGUAUCAUAGUCUUGAUAUUGUCAAUUAUUAAUGUGCCGCUCAGUUAUGGCUUAUGUUGAUUUUUUUCCUUUAAUCUAAUGCGCUCUCUUUUUCCAAUAAAUUUGUUACAAUAU